UCUCCAGAGAUUUUUACAUUGCCUUCCUUUUUUUUUCUUUUUGUUUAUAGUACCCAGGGAGUCACUGUUAGCCUGAAUGCAACUACAGGGGGCAUGUCGUUUGACCUCUCUCAGAGCAUAAAAGAGGAAGAAGUGGAGUCUCCAGCUGUAGAAGCUGAUCUUCAAGAGCCUGAGAAUGAGGAGGUAUAUGAGGAAGUGGAAGACAUGGAAGCUGGUGCAGAAGACUUUGUGGGGUCCUAUGAAGACAAUUACGAGGUACCUAAUGAGCAGAUAGAAUAUCAGGAUGACGAAACCACUGAUGAGGUUUUAGACUUUGAGAUCACUGAGCCCCUGGAUGAAUUUCAAUUCCCAGAUGAGGACGAGGAGACCAGGAAAUACAGCUUAAAAAUCAAGGAACAGAAGUAUUUGAGAGGAAAUUUUAAAGCAGAAGGAACUGCGUCGCCAACAGCAGCAGCAACAGGCUAGCAUUGCACAACAAGGCCAGCUCGAGAUGGACAAACAGACUGUAAAGUCAGAAAAUAACAGCAGCCAGGUUCUGCCUCCCGCCACUGCGCAGGCGCAGCCAAAUGUGAAAAAUAGACUGACUCCUAAGAAGUCUGAGGCAGCAAAUCCUCCACAGAAUAUCCCCCCUCUGCAAACUUCUGUAACCAAUGUAACAUUUCAGGGACAACAAAAGAAGAUCAUUAAGCAGGUAGUGCAAAACAAAGUGUCAGAGAGUUCUGUUCCGAAGGUUCAACAGUUCCGGCCUGCAAGGUCAGCAGAGACUUGCUGGCACAAAGAGAACUGUCAUGCAGAGGUCAAACAGCCGCCCUGGAGAAGCAGCUCAUAUAGCACCAAAAGUCUGUGUGAUUAAGGUAUCCACAGUGGUAAGUCCACAUGACACGUGACACUGCACAUAACCACUUCUGAUGCUGAAAUUUGUGUUUCUUCACUGUUGCCGACUGACCCUGGAAUAUCUUUAAUCAUUUAUACAUUGAAUACAUGCCUUUUUAUUUUUAUUUUUUUAUCUUUUAUAAAUGUUACACUGUA